UGAGCUUUGACGUUUCCAAAGCAUAAUAAUUUAGUUUAUACGUUUUUGUGCACUACUAUUUCGGAACAAAUUCAAUAAACUGCUUAUAAAUAGUUGCAAUGUCUUUGGGACCAUUUUUGCGUACUCCAUUUACGGAUUUGACUGGAUGUUUGAUCAAUCACCAAACUUAUGAGAAGUGUGGAAAGAUGGAAAUGGAAAUGAUGGAAUGCCUUGAAGCUUAUGGUGUUGAAAGGGGUCAAAAGAUGUGUGCUGAUAUUAUAGCAGAUUUUGGAGAAUGUGUUGGUGUGCAGAAGCAACUAAAGAGGUUCCAUGCAAUGCGUAAUGAACGGCUAAAACAAUACUAUUUUGGUGACCGUAAAAAGGAAGAACUAUUUGCGGAUCCUCCUAGAGUUGAUGCUUUCUAAUAAACAAAAUUUCUUGAACAGUUUGUAUUGAGCUUUCGCUAAAGAAUUUUGAUUUGCACAUGGAAAAAAAUACUUGUCUAUUGGUUAAGUUCCGCAAUGUAUUUAGUAAAAGUAAAAAGGUAGAAAAUUCUUCCGAUUAUUUGUACGAGUGCAAAUGCAUAAAUAGAAAUCAUUUAAAAUAUUUGUAAACAUUAUUUCAAGAUUAAAAGUA